AUGGGGCGUAAGUUGUGUGACCGGCCUCUUGCAAUGCUGCGCCUUCCACGGAAUUUUGGCCCAUGUCGAACAUCGGAAGCUUUGAUGGCUCUGUCAAUACCAGCCAGCGGCCAGUGGGACGGCAACGAUGGGAAAUGGUCGACUGUGCUACUGAAUAUUGGCUCGCCAGCUCAACAAGUCAGGCUGCUUCCAGGCACAUCCGCGACCUCCUCAACCGAGGUAUGGGCCGUGCUCGAAGAAGGCUGCACUUUGGCCAACCCAAACAUGACCGAAUGCUUCUACUCACGUGGCAAUACGUUUGCAAGAAACGAGUCCAGCUCUUGGUCGACAAGUCGGCUUGCGAAUGGCGGGCUUUUCGAACUUCUCAUGAUAUCAGAAGCCGAACUUGGCCUGGAAGGGAAUGCAUACUUCGGGUUCGACACUAUGAGCUUUAACACCAGCAGUGGCGACAGUGUGGAGAUGUCCGACCAACUGGUAGCUGGAAUCGCGACGAACGACUUUUGGCUGGGAUUCUUUCCGCUGAGUCCAAUAGGUAUGAACUUCACGGAUAUGGAUCAGUCGGUACCAAGCUUGUUGGCAUCCCUCGUCGACCAGGCACGCAUCCCAAGUCGAUCAUGGGCGUACUCAGCUGGUGCAUAUUACCAAGAUCCGCCAGCGUAUGUCUCACUGACUUUGGGAGGAUUUGACGAGCUGAAGAUUGGAGGCCGGUCGCUCGAGGUGCCGUUUGGAGCUGAUCAGUCUCGAGACUUGGUUGUAUGGCUGAAUUCAAUCACAUACGAUACGUACGGAAGCUCGGCGCUCCUGACUCAGGGGGUAUACAUGUUUCUCGAUUCUCUGGUCCCUCAUCUUUGGUUGCCGCCCGCGGUGUGUCAGCGCUUUGAACAAGCGUUCAACCUCACCUGGAACAACGAUACCGAGCUCUAUUUGCUCGAUGAAACAGUACACACUGCACUUCUCGAGCAGAACCCAACUUUUACAUUCUCGCUGAGCGAGUCGGAGGAUCAGAAGGAUCAGAUCACCAUAACGAUUCCAUACGCGGCCUUCGACUUUAACGUCAGCGCUCCGGCGGUCAACAAUGUAUCUCGAUACUUCCCACUGAAAAGAGCUGCGGACGACAGCCAGUAUAUCCUUGGCAGAGUCUUUCUGCAAGAAGCCUCUGCCACCCAGAUUAUCGACAUUGAGCCACCGGCUAGUGCUUCGAACAGCACGGAUGAAGCUAGGACUGAUGAAGGGCCUGCUAAACAACUCUCGCCUGGUGCCAUAGCUGGGGUCGUCCUCGGGGGGAUCGUGCUGCUUGGAAUCGCGUUAAUGCUCUUCUUCUGGCGCCAAAAGCGACAGAACCGAGGUGCUCAGGCCACUACUUCUGAAGUAAUAGAGGAUGAUGCUGCUCAUUCGAUGAAAAGAGCCGGAAGUGAGAACUUCCUGUCCGAGUUGGCUGUGCAUGAGCAAGCCGUCCACGAAGCAGGUUGCGAGUUUGGAGCAAUGCCAGAACUUCAAGAUUGGGGCGAAGAUGUUGGUAGGCAUGAACUAUCGGCCAUCGGUAUCAUUCCUGAGGUUGAGGCCAGUCCGCUUUGUGAGCUACCGAGUGAUCGUUCGUCGUCGAAAUAG